AUUCUUGUUAUCAACGCUAUGACUGGAAUCAUAAUCGGUUUAUGUUUGGCUUUGGUAAUUCUUGUUGUCGCUACCACCAACCUUGCUGUUGGUGUUUUAGCAACGCUCAUCAUCGCUUUGAUCACGUGUUCUGUACUUGGUGUCAUCAACAUGAUUGGUUGGAAACUUGGACCGCUGGAAUCACUCAACCUUACUCUUGUAGUCGGGCUUGCUGUUGACUAUGUUGUUCAUUUGGCAGAAGGAUAUAUGGAACUUAAACAUGAAACAAGUGAAGCCAAAGUUAAGCAUACUUUAUCUCAUGUUGGUAUCUCAGUCCUAUCUGGAGCCUGUACUACAUUGGGAGCUUCAAUAUUUCUAUUGGCUGCAAAAAUUCUAUUCUUCUUCCAAUUUGGAAUUUUCAUAUUCUGCACAAUUGGUUUCAGUAUUAUGUAUUCAUUGUUUUUUUUCCCGACUGUUAUGGCUCUGGUCGGUCCGGAAGGUGAGAAGGGAUCAGUCAUGCCUGCGAUCAGGUGGGUUCGUGAUGCUGUUCGCGGAAAGACAAAACAGGACAAAGAUUGUGAAUUGUGUAAAGGUAAAGGUUUCUACAAGAAGGAAAUGAACGAUGUACUUUCUACAAAUGCGAGCAGCUCAGUUUAAACUGAUAAUAUACACUAUACGAACUUAUUACGAUUAAUGGAAAAACCAUUAUUGUACUAUAUUUUAUCUCUUUCUCUCGAACUUUAUUGAGGGUUUGUGCAGUUUAGUUGUAAAUAGUAAGGUAUUUGUAAAAUGUUAGUUCCAUUAUCUUUCGUCAGGUAUCAGUAUUCUGUCGGUUGUUUGUCAAAACAUAGGCAUUGCCUAUUAGGCAAGUGUAAGUUGUGAUCCGUCAACUUCAUUUCAACCCUUGUGUACCUUUAGAACAAAUGAGGAAAAUGUUGAAUUUUAUAUUUCAUGCAUGCAUGUCCCACGAACCAGAAGAUACUACACCAAUCGAUUCAACAAGCUGACUUCGAAGAAAAACCACCGCCAUCGAGAAAACAACUUAGAUUGCAUGAUUUCCGUACUCAGCAAGAGCAAACUGCGAACAUCUUCCUCCUCCCUCGUUUUUGCUUAGCUUUCAUUUUCUUGAUUACGCCAUUAAGCUGCAAAAUAUCUGAUGUAAACACGAUAUUUAACACAGUUAACUGUGAUUUAACGCACGUAUUCACUUACCUACAUCCAGUAUAUUGUGAGGCAGACACAGAAGAAUGUAACAUGAGAUCAACUAAUUAUAUUUGUAGCUAGUGUAUAAUAUACACUAUAUAUAGACUGCAUAAUGUCAUAGAUGUUAAAAUAUUUAGUAUUAAUUAAUGUAUUAUUUUAGGUGCAUGAAAGGGUAUGUAAAGUCAAGGACUUGUAUACGUAUAUAUGUAACUAUAUAAUACAUUAUUAUUGUAAGUAUAUAAUACAUUAUUAUUAAAUUACUGUUACUUAAUUGGCUGGUUAUGAUCACGUGCUAUUGAAUACAAAUUUCCAUUGGCGCACUGAUAUUUUCAUCCGGUAAAAGAUGAAAUUGAUCUUAUGUUUUAUUCGCCCUGCAUAUUGAAAGCCAUUCCGGUCCAGGUCAGAGUCCAGGUAUUAAACGCUUGCACCAAUCGAUUCAACGAGCUGAGUUCGCAGAAAAAUCCACCGCCACCGAGAAAACAACUUAGAUUGCAUGAUUUCCGUACUCCGCAAGAGCAGACUGCGAACAUCUUCCUCCUCCCUCGUUUUUGCUUAGCUUUCAUUUUCUUGAUUACGCCAAAUGUUCAUUUAAAACAUAAUUUACUAUCAAUAUCUAACCCUAAUAAUGUAGUAAUGUCAAAUUGAUUCGGUUUUAAUCAUGUAAGGACGUAUAUAUAUGUUUUUGAGCUCCUUGUUUUUUGUAUGCAUUUUCUUGUCUUUUGGUCCUGAGGUUGUUGGAUUUGGCUGUUCCUCGUCAGGAGAAGCUUCUGCUUCAACAGAUAUCGUGUUUGAAGGGGAAAGUUAUGAAAUUAAGCUGGAAUUUCCGAGUUUACUGGUCGACUUUUACAAGUUACUUAACCAUGCAGAACGGGAUAGGACGCUAUUAGUCUAUUUUACUACGUUAGCUAGUUCGAGAACUGUCGCUUUUAACAGUGAAUUAACCGGUUGUGAUUGCUUGUUGGAGGAAUAUGUUUUUGAUAAACAAUAUUUUGGAAAUGAGCAAGAAAUACAACGAAUUUAUUACUGGCCCUUUGGUUUUACGACGGUGUUCAACCAAGCUAAUCGUGCCCAGAUUUGCAUACUGUUGAAAUGUACAGGUCGGGAUUUGUUUUUAAUUGGGCCGGUUUCGCUUAAUUUAAUUUAAGAAACGAAAGCUAUCUAAAUAUAGAGCUAUGUAUUAUUCAAAUUCAACUGCGACAAGAAGAUUGUUAUUACUAUCUGGUGAUGUCGAACAAAACCCAGGAUGGGAAAGUUAUCAACCUAAAACACAACAAUCAGUAAUAGAACAGAAGAGAAGUUCUGCCACUAAUUUAAGUAUUCUCGUGCGUAUUACUGAAAGAAUGAAUUUACAUCAGCAAUUGAAUGUAUUUCGGAGCCCAAUAAACUGUAUCAGCGUCAAUAUUAAUAAUAGUUUGCUUUUACCUAACAACUUCAAAAACCUUAGCUUUUGUCUUAUGAAUACUCGAUCACUCAACAAUAAAGCCGCUGAGUUUACCGAUUUCAUAUGUGAUCAUCAACCUGAUAUUGUUGCUUUAACUGAAACCUGGUUUCAUGAACAUGAAAUUGCUGCUAGGUCCCUCUGCACGCCCACAGGCUAUAAGCUCUUGGACCACCCACGAUCCGGCUGGCAUGGUGGUGGCACUGAAGUGCUGUUCAGGAAUAAUUUGACUGUUAACAGAGUAUCCGCUGCAGAACUCCGAUCUUUUGAAUACUCUGAGUGGAAUAUAAAAGCAGGGUCCCGGCGUAUUCGUCUAGUCGUUGUCUACAGAAUACCAUACUCCGAUAUUCAUCCCACAAUAUCUACCACAAUAUUUUUUGAUGAGUUUGCUAAAUUCCUUGAAUCUGCGGUCCUCUGUACUGACCAGCUCUUGAUAACUGGUGACUUCAAUAUACAUGUUGAUGUGACUGAUGACGUUGAUGCUGUCAAACUUCAGGAGCUACUCGAGAGUACAGGUCUACAGCAACAUGUCAAUGUCCCAACUCAUAUCCGUGGACAUACCCUUGACCUCAUAAUAACAAGACAUUCCGAAAAUAUCGUUACUUCUCCACCUCGAACUGAUUACAUAUUUUCAGAUCAUAUGCCUGUUCAUUGUAACCUUCUAGUUAACAAGCCUCAUCUUAAGAAAACCCAUAUAUCCUACAGGAAAGUUAAAUCCAUCAAUGUCGAUGCUCUCUGCAACGAUCUCUCCAACUCAGAUCUCUGCAAGAACAUGCUUUCUAUGGAGCUCAAUGAUCUUGUUGACUGCUAUAACCAUACAUUGUCAUCAUCAUUGGAUCGACAUGCGCCUGUGAAUCACAAAACAGUUGUAAAAAGACCAACCGUUCCUUGGUUUAAUGAGGAAGUCAAGUUAGCGAAAAGAGCACGAAGACGAGCUGAAAGGAAAUGGAGACGGACUAAACUGUAUGGUGACUUCCUUGUUUAUAAAUCAAAGAAAAAUCAAGCCACUUUUGUAAUGAAACGCGCACGUAAUGGGUACUACACCACCUUCAUACAAGAGAAUAGCAGCGAUCAUCGUAAACUGUUCAAGUCUGCCAAAUUUCUUUUUAAUCAAGAAACUGAUUUGCAUUUUCCAGAAUACAGCGAUAAUACAGUCCUUGUGAAUGAUAUAGGUGACUUCUUCGCCAAGAAAAUCGAGUGCAUUAGACAAGAACUUGACAGUGCAACCACCUAUGACAACCCUACAAGUGAACCACAGACCAUGCCUAAUGUUCAACUGGACUCGUUCAGGACAUUAACUGAGGAUGAUGUUAACCAGAUUAUCUCAAACUCAAGCAAAAAAUCAUGCUCCUUGGACCCCAUGCCCACUCAUCUUGUGGUCCACUGCCUGGAUGUACUUCUGCCGGUAAUUACAGGAAUGAUAAAUUUGUCCCAGCAAUCCGGAUGUUUCCCUGAGAACUGGAAGCUGGCUAAAGUCCACCCAGGCUUAAAGAAGUCAAAAGCUGCAUGAGGUUAUAUUUGAUAAUCUUCGUCCCACCAGCAACCUUUCAUUUGUUUCCAAACUCACGGAACGAGCUGUCUUUAAUCAAACCCAUGACCACCUUACCGCUCACAAACUUUACCCUAAAGCUCAAUCUUCCUACCGCCAAUAUCAUAGUACUGAAACUGCUCUUCUACGUGUGAAAAAUGACAUCUUGAUGAACAUGAAUAAACAACACGUAACUCUUUUGGUACUGCUUGAUAUGAGUGCAGCAUUCGAUACUGUUGACCAUACCAUCCUGCUGAAUCGACUACGCUCUAGCUUUGGUAUCACAGGUCAUGUACUAACUUGGUUUAAAUCAUACCUCGAGAACAGAUCUCAAUGUAUUUCUAUCAACGGUGGUGAAUCCAGAUAAUUUGAAAUGAAGUAUGGUGUUCCGCAAGGCUCUUGUCUUGGUCCUGUCUUGUUUGUCAUCUAUGCAAGCAAACUGUUUACUAUUCUUGAAAGCCACCUACCAAAUGUUCAUGCAUUUGCAGACGACUCGCAAUUAUACAUUUCAUUCAAACCUGCCUCUAUGAUCGAGCAAUCCGCUGCCAUUAAGGCAAUGCAAGAUUGCAUCACAGACAUCAAGAAAUGGAUGCUAGCAGACAAACUGAAGUUAAAUGAUGAUAAAACGGAGUUCAUCAUCAUCGGAACAAAGCAACAGUUGGCAAAAGUAAGUGUUGAUUCACUGUGCAUCGGAGACGAAAUUAUCAAACCAUAUAGCGUAGUACGGAAUCUCGGCUCCUGGUUCGAUUCGCAACUGAAAAUGGACUUACACAUCAAUAAAUGCUGUAAAGGAACUUUUUUUCCACCUAUUUAAUAUCAGACGUAUCAGAAAAUUUCUCAGCUUUGAUUCUACACAAAUUCUUAUUAACGCUUUCGUUACGAGUCGACUCGACUAUUGUAACAGUCUCUUGUAUGGUCUGCCCGCCAAUCAGAUAUACAAACUCCAACAAGUACAGAACUCCGCAGCAAGACUGAUUUGUAAUAUUAAUCGAUGAAAGAUGAUGUAAAAGAUAUAGGCGUUUUUCAUGUACAUUGUUAGACACAUUUCUAUUAGCUGUAUACGUUGUUAUUCUAAAGAACGAGGGAAACACUGACAUAGAUUAACUAUCGUCUCGCACACGAAGCACAUUCCGAAUACCAUCAUGUUGCACAAAGCACGCAAAUUAUUUUAAAGAACGUCGGAAAGAUGAUGUAAGAGAUCUAGGCGUUGUCCAUGUACAUUGUUAGACACAUUUCUAUUAGCUGUAUACGUUGUUAUUCUAAAGAACGAGGGAAACACACAGAUUAACUAUCGUCUCUCACACGAAACACAUUCCGAAUACAAUCAUGUUGCACAAAGCACGCAAAUUAUUUUUCACAUUUCUAUUAGCUGUAUACGUCGUUAUUCUAAAGAACGAGGGAAACACAUACAUUAACUAUCAUCGACUUAUUCGAUUUUUACGAAUCUAACCAUUCGAACGAAUAGGAGAGACUUCACGAGUCGAACGGUUCGUACGCUUCGUACGAAUUGUACGAAUAUUAUAGUGGACCUCUAUAGAUGUGCUGACGUCACCAGUAAGUGAAAUCUAACCAUUCGAACGGAUAUGGAAGAGUUCACGAAUCGAACGAUUCGUACGAUUCGUAGGAAUGGUGCGAAUAGACUAGACCUCUGUACAGGUAAUGACGUCAUCAGUAAGUUAAAUAAUGAUCAAACUACCACGAAUAACUUAUACAGAGGGUAAAUUAACUUUUUUACCAUUCGAACGAUCCGAACGAAACCUAGCGGUGUUCACGGAUCGUUAAGAGUCGAGAGUAUUGGACAAGAUUGCCAUUUUUUUAUAAAGACAUUUUCCUCCAUGCUGUCACAAUUAGGACAAGUAAUAUAUAGCAGCCCUGUAGGUUCUUAGAUUUAUUGUAGAACGGUUUUUAAAUUAGUGUAAUAUUCCAAUUUUCUAUUUUGAUGUAAUGCGCGAGUGAACAUCUUCCUAUGUAACACGCGCAAUAUAAAUUUUUGAAUUAAAUUUUUUAAAUUAAAUUAUUCUUUAGGCAUAAUCUUAUCCCCGUCUAUCAUGACACCGGCUGAGUUCAUCCGCAACCUUAAAUGCCAAUCUAUUCCCACUUAUCAACUUAUGAUCAUCACUUUUGUCUUUUCUUCAUUCAAGGGAUUAAGUUGUUGGCCCAAUGAUGUAUUUGCCUAGCUCUGUGUUCAGCUGUGCAAUUUCCUUGAAAUCAGCUGACGCAGUAAUCGUCGUGUCGUCAGCGUAAAGAUCAGUAUCGGAGGUGACGUGUAGCGGAAGGUCGUUUAUAAACAGUAUGAAGAAUAAUGGUCCAAGGAUAGAACCCUGAGGAACGCCGUGAUGCAUGUAGGCAGUAGAUGAUUCUUCACCAUUCAAACUGACCAGUACUAGUUGGGUUCUACUCGAUAAAUAAGACUCACACCAUCCCAGAGGCGUAGCCAUGCAGGGCUGGGGCCGGGGGGCCCGGCCCCCCCCCCCUGGCAAAAUUUUGGGGGGCCCCUGAUAAAAUGUAUUGUAUAAAAAAGGAAAUCCUUGAUUACAUAGCUUCAUGCUGUCAAUAAUGCAAACAUUCUGUAGAAUAUAUGCUUGCUGCGCAUCGGUGUAUCAGGUAUGAAACUUAAAAUCUUGUUCGCUUAUUUGCGGCACACAGCUUGAAACACGUACCUUUUCUAACCCUAAUUAUUUCAAUAUGUAUUAAAUGAGGGUUAGAUGAAGUUUAAAACAAUCUGGUUUUUUUAUCAAUGAAUUUUUAACGCGGGCUCGACGGGCUCAACGUUGUCGGAAAAUGUGAUACGGAAAUGGGGAAAAGUGCUACGAAAGAAAUUGUAAUGUUAUUGAUAUUUUUAUUGAUAUUUAUAUUUUUUUAUUGAUAUUGACAUUUUUUUAUAUUUUUAUUGUUAUUGAUAUUUUGAUUUUUUUUUUUUUUUUUUUUUAUUGUUAUUGAUAUUACCCAAAAAAGUUGUCGACAGGGGGGGAUUUAAUAUGUUGUGGUGCGGAAAAUUUGUUGGCCCCACCUGGGUUUUUGCUGGCCCCCCCUGACCAAAAAUCCUGGCUACGCCUCUGCACCAUCCAUAUUCUAAGCCAACUAUGCCAGACUGCCUUGAAAAGAUCAGGUUGAAUUAACUGAGAAAGGCAUAUAACUGUCGUAAAUGGAUAUCGGGCAAUAGCUUGAGAGAUUACUUGAAUCGCCACUCUUGAAUAAUGGCGUGACUUUAGCUGUCUUCCAUCAUUGAGGGAAAACCCAGUAAAAAUUGAAUAAUUGAUUAAUCUUGUGAUACUUGGCGCGUCAGUGGCCGAAAUUCACUUUUUCCAGGGGGGGGGGCAAAGCCUCCUAAAUUUCCGACAAAACUUUCAAAUUUCCGACAUAUCCCCCCCAUUUGCACUCGAAAAGACUGUUUUUAGCCCUCUUUUAGGUCAAAAGAAAUUAAAAAGAAUUGAAAAGACUCGAAGAUUUUCAUAGUUUCUCAAAAAAAAUCUCAUUCACCGCCUCAAUAUCCUAUAGGGUUUCAUGCAUGUGUUAACAGGAAUUUGUCCGAAAAAUUUUUUUUGACCUUUAAUUGAACUGGUGUAUGUCCGAAAAUUUUUUUUGCUGCAGGGCAUCAUCGGUUUCGCAGGGCAAUUCUAGCAGACCCCCCCCUCCCAAUCAAAAGGGGCUAGUUUCGCUCCUGUCCGCCACUGGGCGCGAUUACAGGAGCAGCAGUUUUUAACAAACGAGCACUUAUAUUUUAUCAAUUCCUGCUGCUUUAUGUUGAUUGAAAUUUUCAGUGCAUUAAGCACCUGUGCAACUGUCAUCGCAGGGAUAGUAAAUAAAACAUCGGGACUUUUUUUGGAAUUGACAAAGUUCCGCAACUUGGAAAGAUCAGGGGCGACAUUGGGUAACCGACACUUCUCAAUUUGUCCGCAAUGGUGGAGAAAUGCAAGUUAAAUUUGUUCGCCAUCUCAAUGACAAUGGAAUCAUUUAUCACAAUACCAUCAUCAACUUUUAAAUUUCUCACUUCACUUUAAACUUUCUUGUUUGUCCCAGUUAACGACUUGAUUGUUUUCUAAAUUGUUUUGGGAUUAUUCUUAUUCUCUUCAAAAGCCGAGUAAUAAUAAUCCCGCUUGGCUGUCCGUAUGACACUAGAAGCUUGAAUUAGUGCGUUUCGCAAUUAGUUUAACAAUUUGUCUCUCAUUCGUAACUGAUAAAUUACAGGCUUUGUAAUCCACGGCGCUUGCAGAGAUUUCUUAAUGCGCUUCUCACGCCACGGACAAUAAGAAUCAAGCACGCCAUUGAAAAUUUGUUCCCAACCAUUCAAGACAUCAUCUACUUCCUCGAAUACAAAAGCGGUAUCCCAAGGGGCCUGCCUAAGGACUUCGCAAAUUGUUCCUGAUUGAAUCGUUUCAUAUCGGCCUAUCUCGGUAUUUGAUGCUUGCUUGUUUCCCACCGAGAUGACAAUUAACAUUUUCAUGUGCAUAUUUUCGGCAUGUACUAAAAGGCGAAACGUCGAAACGAAACGACCGAAACGAAACGGCCGAAACCACCGAAACGACCGAAACGAAACAACCGAAACGAAACAACCGAAACGAAACGACCGAAACGAAACCGCCGAAACGAAACGGCCGAAAAUGUAAAUUACAGGAAAAUCGAAAAAUGCGGAUACGGACGGACGGACGGGGGGACAGGCGGAUGGACGGGGAAAACAGGCGGAUGGACGGGGGAAGAGGCGGAUGGACGGGGGAAGAGGCGGAUGGACGGGGGAAGAGGCGGAUGGACGGGGGGGGGGCGACAGAUGGAUGGACGGGGAGGACGGAUGGACGGGGGGGCGGCUUCAUUUGACACGAAACUCAAUUUUAAAAUCAAAUCCGCGUUUUGUUGAAAGGGAUAUAUUAGGAUAUAUUAUAAAAGACUAUUAUUAAUCGUAAUAAAUUUUCCGCGAAAAGUUGAUAAAAUACAUGUGGAAAUGUGGGGUUUUUCGAACCUUCGUAACGCUUGAUCGGAUAAAACGCGGAUAUGCUGCAACUUUCAUGCUUAAUUUUCUCAGUCAUCUGGGUAUAUAGUAAUCUAAUUUUAUGCAAUGUAAUGUGUUAUAUUUUCAAGGGCUUUUCAAUGCAGUUAUCAGUUUAAAUAUACCUAAAAUUCCCGUUAAGAGAUAUGACAAUUGCCGUACGGCCUACUUUUACGCAAACGAAAAUUAGCUACAAUUGCCACUUUCAUGCUUAAUUUUCUCUGUUAUCCGGGCAUGUAGUAAUGUAAUUUCAUAACCUGAGUAUCAGGCCCUCGGUAUUGAAGAGAGCCUGACACAAUUCGCCUCUGCGGGCUUUCCACCCCCAGAAUAUCAGCCAAUUAAAAUUAUUUCCGGUUGUAGCAUAUUUCCGGUUGUCCGCUACAGGUAUGUAAAUACGCAAAUUUCGUUAUUUGCAGUUUUAUAUAAAUUUGAAUAAAUACGGAGAAAAAUCGGUAUGUUUUUGUCGAAAUAUCCACAUGAUGGAAUUCUAAGGGUAAACUAUGCCUUAUUCGGGGAACCAUAGCUCGAUGGCUUUUUCCAGGAGUCUAAAGAGACAACAUUCGGCGCUCUGAAUAGGAUUUCUUCUUCCUCGGUCCUCGUGUCAUGUUAAUAGUUUGUUCGAGACAGCUAUUCGCUUCAACUGCGUCUGACACAGCGGCUAUUGUCUUCAAAUUCUGCCUGAUGUUGGUAUAUUAGUUCGAGCGAGCUGACUACUAUAUCCUUGCAGGUCUUGGAAAACAGCUCG